AUGUCCGGAGCCGAAGCCGCGAUCGCUGGAAUAGGAUUCCUCUGCAAUGCGAUGCAGAUCGUGACUUUCGGUAGAGAUAUUCUCCAAGUUUACCGUCACGUUCAGAAUGAACGUUGUCCUGACCCAAGAUUGGAGGCGUAUCUCAAAAGCGCGAAAGCUUGCUUUGAUGAUAUGAACAGCUCAGCUUUGGCGGCCUGUCAAGUUUUGCAGCCGAACCGAGACCAACAGCAGAUAAUUGAGAUCGGCAAAAAGCUAGAAGAAUCCAUGGCCCAGCUACAAGCUAAAUUCGCUCAGCUUCAUGUUGAUGAUGAAUCUAGACGUGGAUUCCGCGGGAAGAUAGAUAUGGGUAAAAAGACUUUGGCAUCUCUAUGGCAAGGAAAGGAACUCGAAAGCCUUGAGAUAAACCUCAGAAGAUACGAGAAUCUUCUUCAUGGUGUCGUGCUACAUCGAAUAUGCAACCAGUCUCAGGCCGCAGAAAUCAGCUCAAAACAGUCCUUUCACCAACUCAACACCGAUCUACAGUCAAUCAUUACAAAGCUGGCGGAUGGCUGCACACGGAUUUCUGACCUUUCAAUCGAGUCACUGGAGACAAGGAACCGAGUAACCCAGGAGCAUGAAACAACACGUGCAAUUAUCGAUGCAGGUUUCACCACUACACAGGAUUAUCUUUCGACUUUCCGUGACUCCAUGUCCCAAGAAUUCCAGGUUAUGGCCCGACGCGACCAGAGUAAUAGCUUCGAGGAAGAGCACAAUCAACUACUCCAAAGCCUCCGAUUCCCUGAGAUGAACAGCCGCAGGAAUCACAUAUCUGAAAACUACCCUGGCACCUUCGAUUGGGUCUUCAGGAGCCCCAUUUACUGCAGUCGAUGCUGUUCACCCAGUUGUGAAGAGUCAGAUGACGAUAGCGUUCAGCAAAGAGAAGAGAAUACUGAUGGUGAGGAUCUGGACGAUAUGCUAGAAUCGCCAGAGCCGACCACUACGUCAAGACCAUCGGGUCUCAAUUACUUUCCUGCCUGGUUAGAGUCAGAUGCCCGGCAAUUUUGGAUCAGCGGUAAGCCGGCUUCUGGAAAAAGCUCGCUUAUGAAAUUCCUUGCGACCAAUCCCCUUACCUUACGGCAUCUGCAAGCCCAGCAUAGCAACAUACAAAUCCUCACCCAUUAUUUCUGGAAGCCAGGGCAACCGCUACAGAAGAACAUAGAAGGCAUGACACUUUCUCUCCUCCAUCAAGUGCUUCACAAGAACCGCGGUCUCGCCCAGCGGCUAUGGACCGAACAGUCGAAUGUUCAAGAUAAACGAGAUCGUGGAGACUGGGAUGUGAAUGAGCUAAAGAAGGCUCUCUGCUGGGCAAUCAAAUUUUCAGGAAACACUUUCUGCAUCUUCCUCGAUGGGCUGGACGAGGCUAAGGAAUUCGAGGACUUACCGUGGGGUGACUAUCAGAAUACUCAGGUUAUCUAUGACUUACUCAGUCUCGGCAAUAUUAAGCUAUGUGCAUCAAGUAGGGAAGAGAAUCCUUUCAGUAGGUUUUUCACAGGUCAACCCCGCCUAAGAACCCAUCAGCUUAACGAGAACGAUAUCUAUCAUUUUGCGAAGAAUAGGCUAGAAGCAUCUGGUCUAAGCUCCGGUGAUCGAUCUCGACUUCUAGCAACAGUUGUAGAGAAAGCAAACGGUGUAUUUCUUUGGGUAGUCUUGGUCGUCAAGAGCCUCAAUCAGGCAAUACGUUCAGGUGGCGCCAACGAAUUUGAGGAACGACUCGCACAGACGCCAUCAGAUUUACACAACCUGUUGGUCGAUGUGUGGGAGCGCCCAGGAGAUGAUGCCAAAUUAUCAACUUUCAGAGUCGAUGCUUCUCGCUUCUUUAGUCUAGCUAUUGCAGCAACGAAGAUCGAAAAGGAAAGUUGUAUUUAUGAGAAAAAUGCUGAAAUACCACCUCUCAAUUCGAUGCGCUCCUUACUCGUCAUGACUACAGCCCUGGAGGACAAACCACUCACAUCGAUAUGGAGUGAAGGCCGGGAAAUCCGGCCAGAAGACCUUCGAGCUAGGUGUGCAAGGGUAGAAGCUCGAUUGCAGUUGGUUUCCCGAGGUCUCCUUGAAGUCUCGAUACCCGAAGAUGGGGACUCUUUUCAUUGGGCUGGAAACGAAGCCCUUUGGAACUAUGCCUUGAAAAGGGUCGAAUUUAUACACAGAUGUGCGUUCGACUUCAUUACUGACACACAAUCUGGACGCGAAUGUCUUGCACUUUGUCACUGGUCAUCAAUUGAGCAAGCCGAAAGGUUACUUGCUGGCCACCUAGUCAAAUCCCGCUUUCUAUGCCACGAGUCAAUACGAUACAAAUUCAAGACAAAGGGCAAACGGACAGCAAUGAUAACCUAUGAAAACACCCACCAGCUAGCCCCAGCCUUGGAUAUUACCCUCAACUGGUCCGAGAGCAACAUGUCUUUCCGCAAUAGCAUGAUUGAGAAAUUGAAGGACUGGCAGGAAUGUGGCUUGUUUUACGACCACUUAUAUUGGAGCUAUCCGAUCUUUCCCAAAGUUCCUUCCAACCCGAGAGAAUUGGAGUUUCUUGAAAAUGUCGUCAGGGUACAUAUUUCGGACACAGUCCUUCUCGAUUUGGUAGACCAAUUGUCUAUUGUUCGUCUGGCAGAUGCUAUUCCUGUUCUGCUUUGCGCAUUGGUGGAUCCCAAUGGGUUUAUAGCAGAGUCAUGCUUGAGUGCCUUCAUCGUGUACACCACGAAUGGCGCGACGACGGACAUAAAAUCACAGAUCUACUACGCCGCUUUAGCCACACUCUAUCUUCAACGAACGAUUGGCAGUGCCCGUUGA